UUUCAAGUAAUUUUUAGAAAGAAUCCUACUUUUAGGUGUUUGGUGGGGCUUGACUUUGCUAAAUUCCUGAAUUUAAUUUGAUGAUGCAAUGUAAACAUAAGGAGUGACGUUAUAACCAUAGGGAGCAGCUAAAUUCACCCCCAAGAAAAAGACAGGUUUCUUACUGGUGUCUGAAACCCUAAAGCAGCAGAGUCCCAGUAUCUAAGAUUAAGGGCAAAGCAUGGCUUCUGCAUCAGAGAUUGCAGCCAAGUUGAAUCUGGUGCCCAACCCUGAAGGUGGUCUCUAUACCGAAACUUUCAGAGAUAUCUCCAUCUUCCUCUCCAAAUCUCAACUUCCUCCUCACUACAAAGUUGAUCGUCCUGUUAGCACAUGUAUUUACUUCAUGCUACAAUCCGGGAAUGUGUCUCGCCUUCAUCGAAUACCAUGUGCAGAGACCUGGCAUUUUUAUUUAGGAGAACCUCUUACGAUUGUAGAGCUGGAUGAGAAAGAUGGGAAGCUGAAACUAACAUGUCUCGGACCUGACCUGGGAGAUAAUCAGCAGUUGCAAUAUACGGUACCUCCAUAUGUUUGGUUUGGUGCAUUUCCAACCAAGGAUUUUCAUAUUUCCAGUGACGGCAGAGCGGCCAAAGCUGAACCAAGGGAUGCUGAGUGUCACUAUUCCCUCGUUGGAUGCACCUGCGCACCUGCCUUUCAAUUUCAAGACUUUGAGCUCGGAAAACAUUCCGAGCUUGUUUCCACAUUUCCGAAUUAUGAGCCUAUCAUUUCUUUUCUCACCAAUACUGAUUGACUUGCCAUCUGAUUUCUCCUGUUCUCAGCUCAUUGGUGCCAACAAGUUUUCAUGUUUUUGAUCCCUAGAUUGCUACUUCUGUAAUUUACAGUUUUUCCACAGCUGAAAAAAGCAUUAAGCUUUGUAUCAAA